AUGAAAGACUUAUUGAAGACGGCGAUACAGAUGGAGUUGUGCAACAAGAACAAAAAUGUAAAAUAUAUACAGACAUGUAAAAAUAAAUCAAGAAAGAAGCUGAAUAAAGUUGCUUUUUUGUCUGGGUUGUCCCGGUUUGACGGAAAGAAAAACGAUACGUUAGGCCCAGAUACGACAUGUUACUCGCCCAGUCGCCCAACGACGAUAUAUAACCUAAGUUUUCCAAAAUUCCAAAUUAAGAAAAAUUUAAAGUUUCCUGCUCGACCACAAAAUUUAAAAACAAAUUGGAAUUUACCUCCUACAUUGUAUGCAGAUGGUUUGAAACACCAUACGAUUCAGACUCGAGUUGAAAAGAAGAUUAGCGCCAGAGGACCUUAUGAUACGUUUACAGGACCUAGGGAUUCAAGUACUUUGAUAGGAAUUACUGCCGAAAAAAAAUGUUAUCUUUUAUCUGACAAUUGGCCACUUCCACUCGAGAGCUACGCGUCUAAAAGUCAUCGAACUUACACAAAUGUAUUCAAACAGGAAACACCGAGAAAAAAAAUAGAUCACAGUGUGCCGUCAUUUUCUUGUGUAAACAUGCCCAACUGGUUAUCAAAAAAAACAAAUAAGUAUCCAUUUAAUGAUUCAAAACGGGUCGGCAAGAGUUUAAAAAUGAUCGAAGAUUCCCUAAAACCGGGACCAGGACACUACGAUAUCAAUGUUCAAAAACGAUGCUCAACAAAUGGACCCACGAGCGUAUUUAAAAGUACUACCGCUCAAAGGUUACAGACAAUACGCCAAGGCUAUAGCAUAUUUGAUUAA